AUGUUGAUUGUGGCAUUCAUUAAUCGCCUACUCUUCAUAUUGCUAAUUCUAUGCGAUCAUCAGUUACGUGCAAUCGCAAAUCCAUUACUGUCAAUCGAUCAGCUUCAAUGGAACAGUGUACAUCGCAAUUUAUUUGGUGCUGAUACUGUAUAUUUACCUAACUGUAUUUAUUCAUGUAAAUAUCUUAAUGGUUCGUCACAUUUGAACUAUUCAACUGGUAACGAUUGUCUGUGUCAAUGUGCUGAUUCGAAUCCUGUUUUUUUGCCUUCGGUGAGAAGUUGUGUCACCAAAUUGGAUUUUCUCAAUCUGCGAUGUCAGUUAAUUCAGAAAAUCAGCGCACACCUUUUGUGCUUGCCCGUUAAAGCGCCUUCUCACUCGUUGAUUUCCCAUGAAAAUGAACGAAUCAUGAAAUAUGAAAAUCUCAUACGCAUUUGCGUAAAUAUAUUUACAGAAGAAUGCAAGCGGCAAGUUGCGUUUCAAGUUGAGAAUCACUUCUCUAAAUGGAUUCCAACGUUGUCAUUACCAUCGACCAAUAACAUUCUUGCGCCAUCGAAACCAAUCCUCUGGAAAGAUUUUACUCAAUCAGUACAAUUGCAGUGGAAAGGAAACGAAUAUGACGCACGACUUUUGGAAGGUACAAUUGUGCAGUUGAAACUGAACUGUUAUAACCCGAAUAACACUUCAUUGUGUUUAGCAUUUCGAAUUGCUGGUGUGCACAGUAAGUUGAACUGCUUCUGCAUAUUUUUAGUGAAUUUGAAAUCAACAACAGAGAGCGGCGAUCAUCAAUGGGAACAUAUCGAAUUAAUCACUUGUAUUCUACUCUCGAUUCUGCUUGCACUUACCGUAUUCGGUAGUGUGACAUUAUGGAGUGUUUGUUGGAGAAUCAAAAAGGGAAAAUUAAUUUCGAAAAUUCAGUUGCAGUUUCUUUACCAUAUGAAACAACAACAACAGUAUAUGCAAGAGCAAAUAGCCGUUAUAAAGGCGAACUGUGCGCUUUAUGCAGUCAAUGAUCCAAAUGUGGAGCAUUUAUCCUCAUAUAAUGGCAUCCAAAAACGGAAACUUUAUUUCAGUGCCGAUUUCUUCGAACCUGAGCAAAUGGCAAAUCCUCCACAACUUGCGCAACAGUUUGUGGUCGAAUUACGAAAAAUGAUCGAAACGGCAAAGGAACGCAUUCGUCUGAAGCGUCACAUACCGACACUAUCGACGAUCAACGAGGAGGAACUCGAAAACGGGGAAUGUCUCGAGAUAAAAGCGCAAAAUUCGUUGAAUAGCCUCCAACGAUCCGAUGAACCGUCACCGAAGUCGUCUAAAUCCGCAGAUUCUGGCUGUGACUCAAUGAGCGAUGAUGAUACGGCGAAUGCUGUCGAGGCUUCUUCGCACACUACCAGCCGAGCAUCUGAACAUCAGUUCAAAACCGAAGAUGAAUGUGCUCAUGCUGUUCAGAGCACCACAUCUGUCAGCUCAUUGCAUGCAUCCUUGACACCAGAAACGCUCGUGACACUUACUGCUGACAAUAUUCCAGUUGUCACAACUUCUGCUAAUCUAACUGCUAAAUCAACUAUUGACAAUAAAACUGCAAAAUCAGCUAAUGUAAUUGAAACUGCAGAAUCAGCUAUUGAUUCCGAAGCUAUAAUGUCAACAAAAAAUGCGGACGCUGUCAGUGAUCAUCCUGUUAAUUCCACUAAAUUUUCGUUCUCCUCACGUAUACCCAAGAUCACCUACCCACGCAUUGUUCCACCAGUGUCAUCUUCAGCAUUACCUCCAAUCCCACCAAAGCCAAGGCUUCCAAAUGGUAUCUUACGCAGCACACUGUCCAAUGAUCUCAUCCCUAAUGGAGGACUUGAAAACACAGAGCACAUGAAAUUUCGAGAUCGAACAUUCGAGAUCAAACCCCAAAAAUCAUUGAAUGAUCCACCAAGUCUACAGUCAAUCCUGAACCAUCUGCCACCUCCGUUGCCAGACACAGAGCCACCAGAUGAUAGCGCUGAUCAGCAGUCGGUUACUCAGAAGAACGAUACUACAGCUUCAGAAAGGAGCCCGAUUAAAAAUUCGAAUAAGAUUCGAACCACAACAACAUAUGCGGUAUUUCCAAGUGAUAAAAUGCGCAAGAAAUCGUUACCAAGACGAUCAAAGAAAUUACCUUCAGUUCUCAUGAUCUCAUCAUCUAUCGAAAGUUCAAUGUGA